ACGGCAAAACGGCUUGAAAGUUGUGCGGCUGGCUCCAUUUUUUCCUGCUUGGUGUCCACACACCAUAAACACAAAACUAAACCUUUCAUUUUGUUCAACAAUGGAGUCUUUAUCGUCUUCGAGUUCCUUCUCGACAACCAUUAAACCGCAUCCAUUGUUACCGAGGGCCAAAAAAGUGAGGUGCUCCUGUUCAAUGAAAGCAGCAUCAGCUUUUUCCUACCAAAAGUUCAUUCAAUUUGCUUUGGAUGAAACCAAAUACUCCACUUCAGCCUUGAUUCCUUCUUCCUUGCAGGAAAAUUUCAGCACCUUGAAAGCAAUGGAUGGGAAGACGGAGCUUAGGAUGUGUUCCUUUCAAGCUCCCAAGAUUAGGCUACUUCGUAGUCUUUCUAUCGAAGCUAGUGACGGUAUUCAGGUGUUAGAUUUUGCUGUCUUCCCAGAAGCAGAAUUUGACCUCCCAAUAUUUUGUGCCAAUUUUUUCACCUCUGUCAACACAAACAUUGUUGUAUUGGACCUCAAUCCUUUACAUGAUGUCAUCAAUGAAACACAUUACAAGGAGAAGUAUUAUAAAAGCUUGAUUCCUCUUGGCCUGAAGUAUUCUGAGCUUUUACCUUGGGGAGGAAAACUCACUAGCGAGUCUUUGAAAUUCUUCUCACCGAUAGUCAUAUGGACCAAGUUUUCUUCAAGCCAAGAAAAGCACAAUACUUUGUUUUCUGCAUUCUCAGAAUAUUACAAGGCCUGGCUCAAUUUGAUGGAUCAGACGACGGAGGAGACCGAUGUUACUCAGAUAAGUUUAAAUCGUGAGGCACAACAUAGGUAUCUAACUUGGAGAUCCCAAAAGGAUCCAGGUUACCAUAUUCUCAAAAGAUUAAUCGGGGAGACUCGUGCAAAGGAUGUGGUAAAAAGGUUCCUUUUCAAUGGUGUGAACGAGCUUGGGAGCAAAUCAUUUCUAGAUUACUUUCCGGAGUAUGAGUGUAAGGAUGGGUCCAUAAACGAAAAACGGAGCAUCGUUGGUAAGUCUUUCGAGAACCGGCCUUGGGAUACCGAAGGGGUAUUUAUUGGUGAUACGUGUAGUUAGGUUCCUUGUCUUCUAACCCUACUUUCAUAUGGUAUGUACCGAGUCUGUUUGGUUUGGUUUGGUUUGGUUUGGUUUGGUUUGGUUUGUGUUCGGUUUUAGUUAUUGCAUCCGCGGUUACGCAUGGUAUGCUAGUGGGUCGGGACCUUUCUUUGGUUCCAUCGCAUAUUGAUGUAAGAUUUAAUCUUCUACGCUCCUUCGAGCUUGAACAUUUGUCCAGGUGGUGCAGUGUUGGACAUCGGUGGAUUUACUCACGUCGCUUUUAUUGUAUGUCAACGGAGGUGGAAAUAUGCGCCUUUAGCAUUGCGUCAACGUUCUCUUA